AUGUUCACGGUGGAUCCGGUUGGCAGAAGUGGCGGGUUAGCCUUUUUUUGGAAGGACUCGAGAGAAGUGGAGAUCAUUAACUAUUCCCUGAGGCACAUAGGUGUCAAGAUUCGGCUGAUUGGUACUGACUUCCAGUGGAAAUUCAUUGGGUUUUAUGGACGUCCCGAUCGAGCUCUUCGCACAGAAUCAUGGCAACUUCUGGCCCACAUUAGUUCAAAUACUCCUCAGGAUUGGCUAUGUACUGGAGACUUUAACGAGAUAGUUUGCUCUUCAGAGAAAGUGGGGGGAGCAAUACGUAAUGAAAACCAAAUGGCCAACUUUCGGUCGACUCUGGUGGAUUGUGGGUUGGGGGACCUUGGUUACAGGGGACCGAAAUUCACCUGGCAUAACAAGAGAGAGUCAUCUGAGUUCGUGAAAGAAAGAUUGGAUAGGGUUUUGGCCACGGGGGGAUGGUGCGCCUGGUUUCCGAUGGUGGUGGUGGAGGUCCUUGCAGCCCUGAGCUCGGAUCAUAAUCCUAUUUGGAUUAGGUUCCAGCCGAACAAUCAUCUAUCUAGGAUAGCAAAGCCUUUCAGGUUUGAAGCUUUCUGGAAUCUUGAUGAGGAUUGUGGGCGAGUUAUUAAGGAUGUUUGGGAUAGGGAAGCUUUAAGUGGGAACCCAAUGGCAGUGGCAACCAAUUGUCUGAACUCGUGUAAGCAGGCUCUCACGUUUUGGAGUAAAAUGAAGUUUGGUGCAGGAACCCGAAAGAUCAAGGAUGUGUUAAGGCAUCUAGAGCGGUUGCAAAGAGAUGAGAACCCGGGAAAUCUGGAAACUAUUAGAGAGGUGCAGCUGGAGCUUCAUAAACUGCUAGAAAUGGAGGACCUAAAAUGGAAGCAGCGUGCUAAACGUAACUGGUACACGAAAGGGGAUCGUAAUCUUGAUCCUUCGAUUAACAAUACAUAUGUUGCUGUUGCAAAAUCGAUGAAUGACUACCGGCCUACUAGCCUUUGCAAUGUUCAUUACAAGAUCAUUGCUAAGACUCUUGCAAACAGGAUGGAAGUCGUUCUGCCCCAAAUCAUCUCACCUCAGCAGAGUGCUUUUGUUCUGGGCCAUUUAAUCUCGAACAAUAUCUUGGCCGCCUAUGAGACUCUCCACACGAUGUCUACCUGCAUGAGGGGGAAGAAGGGCUAUAUGGUAGUCAAAGUGGAUAUGUCCAAAGCAUAUGAUAGAGUCGAAUGGAAGUUUCUUGAAAAGAUCAUGUGUCGACUGGGAUUUGUGGAUAGGUGGGUUUCCCUUAUUAUGUCAUGUGCCUCCACUGUUUCUUAUUCAAUUUUGGUAAAUGGGAGACCUACGGGACAUAUUACACCAUCCCGAGGAAUAAGGCAAGGGGACCCUCUCUCCCCUUACCUGUUUCUGUUGGUAGCAGAAGGACUAAACUCUCUUUUAACAAGAGCUGUAGAGAAUGGGAGUCUAUUGGGGGUUCCUACUUCGGCAUUUGGAAUCAAACUCAGCCAUCUUUUCUUUGCCGACGAUAGCCUUCUCUUCUGUCGGGCGAAUUUUCAGGAAUGGUGUAUCUCAGCUAUCAGGGGGUACAACAAAUAUCUGGGUUUGCCUAGUUUGGUGGGGAGAUCAAAAAACUCUGCUUUUGCUGGUAUUGUGGGUAGAGUACCGAAGAAGCUUGAUGAAUGGAAUGAGAGAUUCCUCUCUCAAGCAGGGAAGGGGGUUUUGAGUAAGGCAGUAGUGCAGGCUAUUCCGACCUAUACUAUGGGUGUGUUUCAACUACCAAAAACUCUAUGCAAGCUGCUGAAUUCGUUGAUUAGUAGGUUUUGGUGGGGGCACAAACAUAACGAUGCUAGAGUUGCAUGGAUGAAGUGGGAUGGCUUGGGAAAACCAAAGUCCUCGGGUGGUAUGGGCUUUAGGGACCUGGAAAUUUUUAAUUUAGCACUCCUCGCAAAGCAAGGAUGGCGGUUGGUACAGCAGUCUAAUUCUUUGAUUGCUAGAAUUCUGAAGGAUAAGUACUUUCGGGACAGGGACUUCAUGCAUGCGACCCAGGGCCAAAGUAUAUCCUAUGCGUGGAAGAGCAUUUUUAAUGCACGUGAUGUGUUGGAUAGGGGUCUAGUGUGA